UGAACUGAGCUGGCUGCGCAGAUCACGAACCUAACUUGAUCGCCAUGGCUGGUCCUACGUUGAUAAACUGCCUGCUCGCCGUCUCUCUCCUCUCCUCCGUUGCGGACGCGCAGCUCUCGACGACUUUCUACUCCAGGUCCUGCCCCAGCCUGGAGAACACCGUGUGGGCGGUGAUGAAGCAGGCCGUCGUCAAGGACCGGCGGAUGGGCGCGUCGCUUCUGAGGCUCUUCUUCCACGACUGCUUCGUCCAGGGCUGUGACGGCUCGGUUCUUCUCGACGCCGGCGGCGAGAAGGCCGCCGGCCCGAACGCCAACUCCCUGCGCGGCUUCGAGGUCAUCGACGCCAUCAAGGCGCGUGUGGAGGCCGCGUGCCCCGGCGUCGUCUCCUGCGCCGACAUCCUCGCGCUCACGGCGCGCGACGGAACGUUCCUGCUCCACGGACCGACCUGGCCAGUGCCGCUCGGCCGGCGCGACUCGACGACGGCGAGCCAGUCCCUCGCCAACAAUAACCUUCCCUCGGUGAACUCCAGCCUCGCCACGCUCAUCUCCAUGUUCGCGAGGCAAGGGCUCUCGCCGACCGACAUGACGGCGCUGUCCGGCGCGCACACCAUCGGCCAGGCCCGGUGCACCACCUUCCGCGACCGCAUCUACGGCAACUCCAACAUCGACGCGACCUUCGCGAAGCGGCAGCAGCGGACCUGCCCCCUCUCCGGCGCGGACAACAACCUGGCGCCCUUGGAUGUGCAGACCCCGAGGGCAUUCGACACCGCCUACUACCAGAACCUCAUGGCUCACCGCGGCCUGUUCCGCUCCGACCAGGAGCUCUUCAGCGGAGGGUCGCAGGACGCGCUGGUGCGGCAGUACAGCGCCAACCCCGCACUCUUCCGGAGCGACUUCGUCAAGGCGAUGGUGAAGAUGGGCAACAUUAAUCCUCUCACCGGCACCGCCGGCCAGGUCAGGAGAAACUGCAGAUUCGUCAACAGCUAGAUGGAGAGCCGAGAAGAUGCAACGGAACCUCUCCAAUGUUGCAUCGUAGCAAAACAUAGUAUACCAUGUCCAUGUGUAGUAUCGAUAUUUCCAAAAACACAAGUGGUACAUUCUUACAAUCGCAACAAUAUUUUGCAUAUUCAAAUCGCCCUUUGGUUUAGGCUAUUUGAUGGCUAUGAUUAUACU